AUGCUGUUCCUGUAUUUACUUAUGAUAAUCAUAGGUUUGGUAAUUUUACAAUUGAAAAAAAAAAGAAAAAAAUUUAGAGAUGUGCACAGACUGAUUAAAGUGAGCUCUCUAGACGUACCAGUGAUUGGACACAGCUAUAAGUUUAUUGGAAAUAACGAAGAUCGAAUGAUGGCAUUGGAUGAGUUCUGUCGCCAAGCUUACAUAAACAAAUAUGGUGUCGUCAGUUUAUGGCUAUUGCAUCUCUUCUGUGUGAAUAUAUGCGAUCCUGUGUCAGCAACUGUAGUAUUAAAGACGUGUUUAGACAAAAGGCCCAUUUCAUUAUUCGCGCGUCAUCUUGUUGGUAACGGAUCGGUGUUUGGAGAUGUAAAAAUAUGGCGAGUUCGUCGAAAAAUCCUUAUGCCAAUAUUCGCUCCCAAGUAUUUUGAAGAAUUUGUACAAGUCUUUGAACGAAACAAUAAGAUAAUGAUAGAAGAGCUAGCUUCCGUUGCUAACAAAGGAGACUUCUCAAUAUGGGGAUACUUCAGUUCCUACGCAUUUGACUCUGCUCUAGAAAUGAUUUUCGGUGAAAAUAUAAAUGCUCAGAAGCAUAGGAGCCACCCUUUUCUAGAAGCAUUUCAAGAUUAUACCAAAAACGGUGCGGCGCGCGUGUGCCAGCCCUGGCUGUACAGCAAUGCAUUGUACGGACUGUUGCCAGUAGCCAAGCGGCAGAGGAACAACAAGAAAAUCAUCUGGGAUUUCGUUGAAACCGUAAAUAUAAAUUUCGCGAACGAGCGGGAGCAGAUAACGUUUCUGGAGCUGCUGGUGGAGUCGUCGCGCGGCGCGGGCGGCUACUCCGCCGCGGAGCUGCGCGAGGAGACGCUGGUGCUGGCGCUGGCGGCCGCCGACACCAGCGCCGCCGCCGCCUGCUUUGCGGCCGUGCUGCUGGCGCACUGCCCGCGCGCGCAGCGGCGGUUGCGCCAAGAAGUAAACAAACUUUUGGGGGAUUCAAAAAGAUCAGUGUCGGUAGGCGAUUUAGCACAACUGAAAUACUUAGACGCCGUUGUGAAAGAGGCUCUGCGUCUUUACCCCCCCGCGCCAGUCACGGUGAGAAGUUGCAACAGUGACUUAAAACUACCUUCUGGCAUAACCCUGCCAGAAGGUUGCCAAGUCAUCUGUAACAUCUGGGGCAUACACCGCAACCCCCACUGCUGGGGCGCAGACGCGGACGAGUUCCGGCCGGAGCGCUUCUUGUCCGCGACGCCGCAGCAGCUGGCCGCGUUCAUGCCGUUCAGCCAUGGACCUCGUAAUUGCGCUGGCGCGCGGCUGGCCAUGGCGUCACUAAAGCUCUCCGUGGCGGAGCUGACGCGGCGCUACCAGCUCGCGCCGGCGGCGAGCUACGAGUACAGCAAGCUGAAGCCUUUGAGAGUUACUUUUGACGUGAUGCUGAAACACGUAAACAACUUUGAAGUGCAGUUGCAGAACCGAUGUUAA